ACCCCUGCGAACAUGGCGCUGCGCGCGGCACGGAGUGUGCGGAUCGUCGUCUGCAGCCUGCGCGCGGCCUCGGCGCCCGCCACGUCCUGCCCGCGGCGGCCCUGGGGGCUGGGGACUGGCGCUGUUCGGACGCUGCGCACCGGCCCCGCUCUGCUCUCGGUGCGGAAAUUCACAGACAAACAUGAAUGGAUAACAACAGAAAAUGGUAUUGGAACAGUGGGAAUCAGCAAUUUUGCACAGGAAGCUUUGGGAGAUGUUGUUUACUGUAGUCUUCCCGAGGUUGGGACAAAAUUGAACAAACAAGAGGAGUUUGGUGCUUUGGAAAGUGUGAAAGCUGCUAGUGAACUGUAUUCUCCUCUGUCAGGAGAAGUAACAGAAAUUAAUGAAGCUCUUGCAGAGAAUCCAGGACUUGUCAACAAAUCUUGUUAUGAAGAUGGUUGGCUGAUCAAGAUGACACUGAGUAAUCCUUCAGAACUUGAUGAACUAAUGAGUGAAGAAGCAUAUGAGAAAUAUAUAAAAUCUAUUGAAGAGUGAAAAUGGAACCCCUAAAUAAACUAGUCUGAAACAGUAUAAUCCAGCAAUAUUUUAAAUUACUGGUGGAUAAAAAUUUAUAAUAGCAACUUUUAGCAAUACCAUAGGAAAACAGAAACUACUUGUUCCAACUAUGCUAUUGAAAGAAAAUACCCCUUAACUUUCUAAUGAUAGCAGGUAAACACAAUUUGCGUCUUUUUCAUAUCACCCAGUGAUUUAGACCAGGAUCUAGUUAUUAUUUUCAGAAUCCAUGAAAUUGUCAGAAGUAAAACUACCUGUAAAAAUUAUGUAAUUCAGUUAAGAUUGUUAUCGUAAGCCUUACAUAAUAUUGUAACUUGCUUACUUGAGUCCCUGGAUUUGGGUCAAAAUGCUUAAUGAUAUAUUCACUGGAAAUAACUGGGAAUAGACUUAAGUUUUUGUUAGUUGUACAGUGUCAGGUGAGAAACAGUAGUAUCGUAACUUCCCAGUAUACCACAUUUGCUGGUGCUAUUUUCAUACAAUGAAGCAACAGCCUUAGAGCAAAACAAGACACCCUUUAAUAACAAUAAAACAUUCAACUUCUCCAUUAAAAAAAAAAAAAAAA